AUGGCUGCAUACGACAGAAAAGUGGCAGCUCCCAAGGAGGGGCUUCCGAUGGUCCCCUGGGCCCCCGAGGAGGGCCCGAGGCCGGACCAGGAAGCCCAGGACCAGGUGAAGGAUCGAGGCCAGUGGAACAACAAGAUGGAGUUCGUGCUGUCCGUGGCUGGGGAGAUCAUCGGGCUGGGCAACGUCUGGAGGUUCCCCUACCUCUGCUACAAAAACGGGGGAGGAGCCUUCUUCAUCCCCUACUUCAUCUUCUUCUUCUCCUGUGGCAUCCCGGUGUUCUUCCUGGAGGUGGCGCUGGGCCAGUACACCAGCCAGGGCAGCGUCACAGCCUGGCGGAAGAUCUGCCCCCUCCUCCAGGGCAUCGGGCUGGCGUCUGUAGUCAUCGAGGCCUAUCUGAACGUCUACUACAUCAUCAUCCUGGCCUGGGCCCUCUUCUACCUGUUCAGCUCCUUCACCUCCGAGCUGCCCUGGACCACCUGCGCCCACUCCUGGAACACAGAGCACUGCAUGGACUUCCUGAACCACUCCGCAGCCAGCACAACGGGCCCGUCCGAGAAUGUCACAUCCCCCGUUAUGGAAUUCUGGGAGCGACGUGUUCUCAGCAUCAGCCCCGGCAUCCAGCACCUGGGUGGCGUGCGCUGGGAGCUGGCCCUGUGUCUCCUGCUCGCCUGGAUCAUCUGCUACUUCUGCAUUUGGAAGGGCGUCAAGAUCACGGGCAAGGUUGUCUACUUCACAGCCACAUUUCCCUACCUGAUGCUGGUCAUCCUGUUGGUUCGAGGCGUCACCCUGCCUGGAGCCUACGAGGGCAUCAUCUACUACCUGAAACCAGAUUUGCUUCGGCUCAAGGACCCCCAGGUGUGGAUGGACGCGGGCACCCAGAUCUUCUUCUCCUUCGCCAUCUGCCAGGGGUGCCUGACAGCCCUGGGCAGCUACAACAAGUACCACAACAACUGCUACAGGGACAGCAUCGCGCUCUGCUUCCUCAACAGCGGCACCAGCUUCGUGGCCGGGUUUGUGGUCUUCUCCAUCCUAGGCUUCAUGUCCCGGGAGCAGGGGGUGCCCAUCUCUGAAGUGGCUGAGUCAGGCCCCGGCCUGGCCUUCAUCGCCUUCCCCAAGGCCGUGACCAUGAUGCCCCUGUCCCAGCUGUGGUCCUGCCUCUUCUUCAUCAUGCUUAUCUUCCUCGGGCUGGACAGCCAGUUUGUCUGUUUGGAGUGCCUGGUGACGGCCUCCAUGGACAUGUUCCCCAGGCAGCUCCGGAGGAGCGGGCGGCGGGAGCUCCUGAUCCUUGCCAUCGCAGUCACAUGCUGCCUGAUCGGGCUCUUCCUGGUCACUGAGGGCGGGAUGUACCUCUUUCAGCUGUUUGAUUACUACGCCUGCAGCGGCACAUGCCUGCUCUUCCUUUCCGUGUUUGAGGUGAUCUGUGUCGGCUGGGUGUAUGGGGCCGACCGUUUCUAUGACAACGUGGAAGACAUGAUUGGCUACCGGCCGUGGCCCCUGGUGAAGAUCUCCUGGCUCUUCCUGACCCCUGGCCUCUGCCUGGCCACUUUUUUCUUCUCCUUGAGCAAGUACACACCUCUCAAAUACAACAAUGUCUAUGUGUACCCGGCCUGGGGAUACUUCAUCGGCUGGUUCCUGGCUGGUUCCUCCAUGGGCUGUGUCCCUCUCUUCAUCAUCGUCACCCUCUUGAAGACCCGGGGUUCCUUCAAGAAGCGCCUGCGGCAGCUCGUUGCCCCUGAUCCCAGCCUGCCGCAGCCCAAGAGACACCUGUGUCUGGAUGGUGGCAGCAGCCGGGACUGCGGGCCCGCCCCACUUAAGGAGGGCCUCAUGGCUGGGGAGAAGGAGACGCACUUGUAG